AUGACUAUGGAUAGUCCUUUUGGGGAUGAACAGAACGUCGAUGAUAUUCUCGAUGAUUUAGAGAAUGCUUCACGUAUUCCUGCAAAACAACGAUCGGUGAAGAUUUCAAGACACGUGGAAAGGUUAUGCUCAAGAGCAUAUGAAGAGGGAUUAUCUAACGCGUCGCUGGAGAAGCUUAUUGACAUUAUCACUCUUCCUAACGAGCUUGAUCAAGGGAGUAUUGGAAGUUUGAUCAGGCAUCUCUAUCCGACCAGCAAGGUUACAGGUGCAAUCGUCAUCAAAGUAGUGGGAAGUCUGGGUCAUGGACAAGCCAAACCUUCUUAUGCAGCUCAGGCGGCGUUGCUCAAAUGGAUAGUCCUAGUCUACGAUGUUUUGGAGAAUCAAAAGGUUUUGUCACAACUCUAUGCUGUACUUUUCAAUCUACUCGAUACUAUUGCCCUCAGGUACUUUCAAGUUCCUACUCAUGCCAAAGGCCUCAGCCUCGCAGCUAACGUUGGCAGGUCACAAUUAUGUCACGUGCUGUCCCUCAUCACGCGCCGAAAACAUGUUCGACCAUUUAGGAUACAAUGCUUAAUGCAAUGGACGAGGAAGGCGGGUCAUGAUCCGGUUCUGGUAGGACUUUUGAGGGUGUAUAAAGAUUACUAUCCGGAGGUUAUUGUAGGUGAUGCGACCUCCGGAAGGGCUUCAGUGUUCACGCAUCCGAAUCGUGAAUGGCGAGCUAGGCUUGGCGAGAUCCAAGAAGAUCAUCUUAGGAGAAUAGAAGACGAGCUUGUCCCUACGCCUCAAAAUUUCCGCGUGUCACGAAAGUCUGUCAAGGAGAGGAAACAUGGGGUUCUACCUGAAGUACAUACUUCGUAUGCUCAGGAUACUCCAUUUACAUUAGAGGAAGUUGAGGAAGUGGAUGAAUUUGUCCAGAACCUGGAGAAGAUUGAGCUACCAAACCAACUAGUGGCUGCUAUUAAUGACCCCUUGCUCCAGAAGCUGCUGCAUCUCAGAUCCUCUGAGGCUACGCUAAAACGUAUAGAUUAUUGGCUUCUAGCCUUUUUCGAGGAUCAACUAGAAAAUAGUCAAUCCUCCCAGACGCAGAUAUCAGACAUGCUCAAAGUUAUUCUACGGUAUACUAGAUCUACUAAGGCAUUACCUUCGGCAUGCUUUUCCUAUUUCAAAUCAUUGCUACCUUGUUGGAAUGGUACAACAAACCGUGAUCUGAUUCUGGAGCUGUUAAGUUAUACACUUAUUGGUUCUUUUGAUGAGCUCUACCAAACAGUCUUUUGCCUACUUGAAGAUGCAGUUAUAGAUGGCACCCACGAGUCGCAGCUUACACUACUCGAAUUCUACAAAGCCUUGCUCAACCAAUGGACGCUCGGCCUACUCUUACAAACUUCAACCCUGUCAAACAACGGCACAGAUAUAGCCGCGCUCAUAAGUCACGUCAAUGAGCUGACUGUUGCAAUACUGCAACAGUCUUCGAGCGUUUCCACUUGCUCAAAGAUCCUUGAUUUUUACGAAGUAAACGCAUCACUGAUAUCUCAUCCAACUCUGACAUCAAAAGUUCGGAUAGCCACUCCGUCCGCUCAACUCGUUUAUACGCUUUACUUCAGCUCUAAUUUGUCGAUCAUCGCCCGCAUCUUCAACAUUCUCGCCCUGUAUAAAAGAGCUUUCGAAGUGGCCAUGGCCCCACGCACGGGUUCGGCUGUAUCGAGCAAUCAGUCAUAUCCCAAAGAAUAUGUCAAUCAUUUCAACGGGUUUCUGAUGGACAUCUGCAAUUGUUUGUGGAGAUCACGGGCCUUUUACACAACAGAUGUAAACGCACUUGGCUGCCUACUUCCCGAGUUGACCAUGGCAAAUUUAAGCCCUUAUAUUUCCAAGCUAGAAACAUCCCUUGCACUGAAUUCCCUAUUUAGUAUUUCGUUUUCGCCAGCAUUGUGCCAUGUUGCUAUCACAUAUGUGAGGGAAUUAGAAGAUCAGGCCGAGGAUGGAAUAGUUGUAAGACACGCCGGACCGGUAACACAGAUUUCAUUGAAGAAGCUUGAAAACGACGGCGGAUUGUCCAUAUCAUGGCAGGACUAUCGACUGGGUAUUUUGAGAUAUUUGGAGGGCAAGGGUUUUCUUGGGGUUGGAGAGUUGAUGUAUAACACCGUGAAGCACCUCAUGGCUGCCAGACAAAAUGCUACAUAA